AUGUCGUCUGAAAUAGAGCCACAUAUUCUCCGCAAGUACGAGAUCCAGGCGCAGUUAGGACAGGGUGCGUACGGCAUCGUUUGGCGUGCCUCCGAUCGACGCACCCGUCAAGUAGUUGCUUUAAAAAAAAUUUAUGAUGCCUUUCAAAACGCAACUGAUGCCCAGCGUACGUUUCGAGAGAUCAUGUUUCUACAGGCUCUUAAACACCCGAAUAUCAUUAAACUGCUGCAUGUGCACCGUGCCACUAACGAUAAGGACAUAUACCUUGUCUUUGAGUACAUGGAAACUGACUUGCAUGUUGUGAUCCGUGCCAACAUACUGGAGGACAUUCACAAACAGUUUAUCAUCUAUCAGCUUCUUAAAACGUUGAAGUAUCUUCAUUCUGCUGAAUUGCUGCACCGUGACAUGAAGCCGUCAAAUCUUUUGGUUAACAGUGAUUGUUCAAUGAAGGUAGCAGACUUUGGAUUAGCGCGAUCCAUUCUCUCACUGGAGAAGGAACAGGUGGCUCGCCCUGUCCUCACAGAUUACAUCAUGACUCGUUGGUACCGGCCGCCGGAGAUUCUUUUGGGUUCGACACGUUACACAAAGGGAGUGGACAUGUGGGCCGUGGGAUGUAUCCUUGCCGAACUCCUUUUAGGGAGACCAAUAUUUCCUGGACGUACAACAAUAAAGCAGCUGGAACUCAUCAUAAACGUUCUGGGUGAGCCUACCCCAGAGGAUAUUGCGUCGACAAACUCUCAGUUUGCAGAAACGAUGAUGAUGCGGGAUAUUCGACGCACAAAUGUUACAACGUUUGCAGAGUUAUUGCCCAAAGCUUCACCAGACGCAAUUGACUUGGUUCAAAAACUUAUGCGUUUUAAUCCCAACGAGCGUCUCACCGCUGAGCAGGCGCUCGAGCAUCCCUAUGUCGCUGCCUUUCACAGGGUGCAGGACGAGCCUUCUGCACCGGCACCAGUUACGAUCUCGCUUCCAGACGACACGCGUUUUACGAUGCAGGAAUACCGCGAGCGUCUCUACCAAGAGAUUGCUAAUGCGAGACGAAAGGUACGCCGAGAGGCAGUUGCGGCCUCAACUUCAAGGAAAGUUGCCGAAGUUCCGGAGACACGGGUUCGCCCGCCCUCCUCCGCUGCUGGGUCUGCAGUGGAGGAAAGGCGGGAGAAGGUUCGUGAUGUGGCAAGUUCGCACACCACUACACAAUCAUCAUCUUCGACCGCCGUUAGGCCCCAAUCAUCAUCCGCCACACGUACAACGUUGGCGAAUGGUACCAAUCAAGCUCUUAUUGCGAGUAGGACGUCUGACCCGACGCGCCAUUUGCGUCACACUCGGCCCGCUAUUUUGCGUCAUGGGCUCAAUGGCUCACGCGCUGCCAAUAAGUAG